AAGGGAUCCUUGGUAGAUGAUCCAACACUGGUUGAAGUGCUGCAGACCACCAAAAAGACUGCAAUAGAAGUGAAUGAAAAGCUGGCAAUAGCUGCAGAAACUAGUGCGGAGAUCAACAUCGCGAGAGAAGAAUUCAGGCCAGGUAGGAUGGACUUUUGAACUGUUUACAAUAGUGCCUCAAAAUCAUAAAGGUAUGCUUAGACCUUUUUCUGAGAGCUUAUAGUGGCUUUUUUUACCUGAAAUUAGACAACAAAUAUUUCAAAUCUGACCACUGACUCCCUAGACUUGAUUUAUACCAAGUAUAACAAACUUGCCUCCCUUACCUAGACUUGAUUUAUGCCAAAUGUAACAAACUUGCCUCCCUUCCCUAGACUUGAUUUAUGCCAAAUAUAACAAACUUGCCUCCCUUCCCUAGACUUGAUUCAUACCAAGUAUAACAAACUUGCCUCCCUUCCCUAGACUUGAUUUAUACCAAGUAUAACAAACUUGCCUCCCUUGGUUGAAGAGAAGCACUAAUGAGCAAAAUGUUUCUUCAUAGAUCAUUACCUAUAAAUAGAUGAUUGAGUUAUUAUGACUGAUGAUUGAGUUAUUAUGACUUGAUGAUUGAGUUAUUAUGACUGAUGAUUGGGUUAUUAUGAUUGAUGAUUGAGUUAUUAUGACUGAUGAUUGAGUUAUUAUGACUCGAUGAUUGAGUUAUUAUGAUUGAGGCAUUAUGUCUUUAGUUCAGCUGUGUGAGAACAAUUCAGACAAAGUUUUACAAAAUAAAUUAAGAAAUAUUUACGCUUCCUUAUCUGAUAUUUUUUUUCACAAGAGCUCUCUCUCUUGUUACCAUACUUGACCGUUGUAAUUGAAAACAAUUUUAGACCAGGCUAGUAACCACAUUUUAUUCCUGCUUCUGACCAUAUUUUUAAUUGCUUCCACCUGACCAUAGUUGCCCAACGUGGCAGCAUCCUGUACUUCUUGGUGUGUGACAUGGUCAUGGUCAACAACAUGUACUCCACCUCUCUCAAUCAGUUUCUUGCACUAUUUGACCAAUCAAUGGCCAGGUGA